AUGACUCAUAUCGCGAAACCCCUCCCGGCGCUAUACACAGUCUAUGUCCUCCGGUCUACAGUUAGACACGCGUCUCUUUACAUUGGCUCAACACCAAACCCUCCGCGACGCUUGAAGCAACACAAUGGCGAAUCCAAGGGUGGUGCGACGCGGACAUCACGCGACAAUCUUCGCCCCUGGGAGAUGAUUGUUCUGGUCUCUGGAUUUCCGAGUAUGGUUGCAGCGCUCAAAUUUGAAUGGGCACUGACAAAUCCUCAUCUUUCUUUACAUAUUCCAGACGAAUCUCGCUUGAGCAUUUCUACACAAAGAAAGAAAAAUGGCAUGCCGAAACGGCCAGUGCACAGCGUGAAGUCCAUCAUGUCGAACAUUCACUUGCUUACUGGCGUCCCGAGCUUUGCUAGAUGGCCGCUGAAUGUUCAUUUUCUUGCAAGAGAGGCAUACACCGCGUGGCAGAGUAGGAUACAGGCUACGCAAGCACCAUGUCGAGAUGGUCUCCAAAUUCUGACGGAUUUCACCCAAGGUCGCGACGUCGGGGGUGCUUCGUCGGCUGUAGGAGGCAUCCACGCAUUGCCACUGGAUUAUAGCCCCUUGACGGAAUACGUGAUGAAGGCCAAUGAGGUGGUCACCUUUGAGCAAGAGGGCAAGUGCAUUCACUGUGCAGAGGAGCUGGAAUCAGGCCGAGGGCUUCAUGGCAUGUGUCCCAAUAGUGAAUGCAAAGCCAUGGGCCACCUGGAUUGCUGGAGCAAGCACGCUUUGUCGGGCGAAGAUACCAUGCAUAUUAUACCCGAUCAAUGCUCUUGUCCUGCUUGUGGGGGGCCGGUUCGAUGGGGCGAUAUGGUUAAAGAGUUGAGUUUGCGAGUCCGUGGUAGCAAGGAUGUACAGAAGUUGGCCAAGGCAGCCCAAAAAACCCAAAAGUCGGUUGGUCCAUAA